UUAAAGCGCGAGCUGAAAAAGGCAUUGCGUGACACAAUGACGCGAGCUGCGUUGUCUGGACUUGUAUCGACAACGGCAAAUUAGCCAAUCAGAUUGCCAGAUUAGUAGCCAUUGUGGUAAAAAUUAAAUUGUUCUGUAUUUGCUUUUGCCUUAGCUUUAGGAACCUCGUGCAAGUCUCCAUGCCUUUUGGUGUCAACUGGAACGGAAAUAAUAGCUUUGGAUUACAAUAGUACCACAGUUUACCCAGUCAUCUCCAAUUUAACACUCGCUGACAACAUAGAUAUCCAUUUCAGUUUGGGUUACAUAUUUUGGAGUGAUUCAACAGAAUUUAACAUCAAGCGAACUUACAUUAAUGGAACAAAUAUUACUGUUACACACAAUAACACAGGAAAUAUUGGUGGAUUGGCAGUAGAAUGGAUUUCGUUGCAAUUGUACUGGACCGAUGAAGAUUAUAAUAGGAUAUCGGUGUCAGAUCUGGACGGAAAUAACAUACGUAUUCUGGUUUCUUCAACUCUUGAUGAGCCUAGAGGAAUUGCUGUGGAUCCUUACCAUGGGUCAAUGUUCUGGACGGACUGGGGACACAUUCCAAAGAUAGAGAGAGCCACUUUAUCAGGCACGCAACGUGUUUCUAUAGUAACGUCCAAUCUUGUAUGGCCAUUCGCCAUUGACCUUGACAGACGAAGCAGGCUUGUCUUCUGGGUGGAUAGGUGGCUGGGCAGAGUAGAGUCUGUCGAUUACCAUGGCAACAACAGAAGAAUACUCUUUCAGCAAAAAGGCGUCUCCUUUUAUGGAGUGACCUUCUUCUCCUUUAAUUUAUUCACCUCAGCCUCUGAUUGGCGUACUUUUUGGAUUUACAAACUGAAGGCCAAUGCCAAUGGAACAUUUGUGAGUAACAUUAACUUCAAGAACAUCUCAAAACAACUAUUUGGGCUCGUAUCUUAUGACAGCUUCACGCAGUUACCAGCUUUGGGAGUCCCAUGCAAGUCUCCAUGUUUCCUAGUUGCAACUCCACAGGAAAUAAAAGCUUUGGACUACAACAGCGCUACAACUUAUCCAAUCAUCUCGAAUUUAACGAGAGUUGGAGCAAUAGAUGUCCAUUUCAACCUGGGUUACAUAUUUUGGAGUGACGUCACAGAAGGAAACAUUAAGCGAGCUAACAUCGAUGGAACAAAUAUUACUUUACUCCACAAUGGCAUAGAAAGCGAUGGCCUUGCGGUGGACUGGAUGUCAUCGCAGUUGUACUGGACUGAUAGGAAAGGUGCGAUAUCGAUAUCAGACUUAGAAGGCAACAACAGACGUAUUCUACAUUCUUCAAAGAAAUGGCGAGCUACUUAUCGUGGUAUUGUUCUUGAUCCUGAGCGCAAGUAA